CCAUACUUUUCAAAAAUUCAAAAUACAAAGAAUUUUAUUUUAGGGUCUCGUCUUCCUUUUACACAAAACCCUUUCGUAUUUAAACCCCCUCUAACCCUUUCUCUCUCUACAUCCACCCCCAUUCUCAUUUCUCACCUCUUUCUCUCUCUACAAGCUCUGAUCUUCGUUAUUCAACUUCUAAAAUGGCUUUGCCCAAUCAGCAAACUGUCAAUUACCCAAGUUUCAAACUUGUUCUUGUUGGUGACGGCGGUACAGGGAAAACUACAUUUGUGAAAAGGCAUUUGUCAGGAGAAUUUGAAAAGAAAUAUGAACCCACUAUUGGUGUGGAAGUUCAUCCAUUGGAUUUCUUUACAAACUGUGGGAAAAUUCGGUUUUACUGCUGGGAUACUGCUGGACAAGAGAAGUUUGGUGGUUUGAGAGAUGGAUACUACAUUCACGGUCAAUGUGCCAUCAUCAUGUUUGAUGUGACGGCUCGGUUAACAUACAAGAAUGUUCCUACAUGGCAUCGGGAUCUCUGCAGGGUGUGUGAAAACAUUCCAAUUGUGCUAUGUGGAAACAAGGUUGAUGUGAAAAACAGGCAGGUGAAGGCUAAGCAAGUUACCUUCCACAGGAAGAAGAACUUGCAGUACUAUGAGAUCUCUGCCAAGAGUAAUUACAACUUUGAGAAGCCUUUCCUUUAUCUUGCUAGGAAGCUUGCAGGUGAUUCCAACUUGCAUUUUGUUGAGUCCCCUGCUUUGGCUCCUCCUGAGGUGCAGAUUGACUUGGCUGAACAACAGAGGCAUGAACAAGAGCUUGCUGUUGCAGCUGCCCAACCACUCCCAGAUGAUGAUGACGACGCAUUUGAGUAAAUGUGGAGUCUGGAAACUGGUUUUUGGGGAACUUUGUGUUUGUGAAAUUUCCCGUAGUCGUUGAAUCUGCUUCUCUUCUCUAAAGGGUUUUGGAUUUAGAUAUUAGUUGUAGGAAUAUGGUGUAUAACCAUGUAUUGGUGCGAGAUACAAUUUUCUUAGAAGGUCGAAUGUUCGACUUGGAACACGACUUUGAGACUUGCUUUUGUAUGAAUGUUGGGAAUGCUUUUUGAUCCUGAUUUUAUCAUGUGAAUUUUCUUUGGUUUAUCGCA